CCUCUUCAUUUCUUUGCACGUCUUUGAAUCCUAGAAACACAAAUGAUUGAAAGUGUGGGCGAGUCUUCUACCGGCCCGUCAAAGGGUCUGUCGAAGAAGGGUAAAGAUGGAAGUGAAGGGAUCGAGUUGCCGUGGGUCGAGAAGUACCGGCCUGUGCUUUUGAAUGAUAUAGUCGGAAACAUAGAGACGGUUGAGAGAUUGAAGAUCAUUGCGCGCGAUGGAAAUAUGCCGCAUAUUAUUAUCUCGGGAAUGCCGGGAAUUGGAAAGACGACGUCUGUGUUGUGCUUGGCUCGGCAGUUGUUGGGCGAGAAUUACAAGGAAGGAGUGCUGGAACUGAACGCUUCCGAUGAACGAGGUGUGGACGCGGUCCGGAACCGAAUCAAGACAUUUGCACAAAAACAUGUGAACCUCCCCCCUGGCCGGCAGAAAAUCGUAAUUCUCGACGAAGCAGACAGCAUGACUGCCGCCGCGCAGCAGGCGCUCCGUCGCACGAUGGAGAUAUACUCGUCCACGACCCGAUUCGCGUUUGCGUGCAACCAGUCGAAUAAGAUCAUCGAGCCGCUGCAGUCCCGGUGUGCGAUCCUGCGGUACGCGAGAUUGACUGAUGCGCAGGUGCUGAAGCGGUUAAAAGAGAUUAUCGAUGCCGAGAGCGUGCAGUACAACGACGAUGGUCUGAAAGCGCUUAUAUUCUCAGCCGAGGGCGAUAUGCGGCAAGCGAUCAAUAAUUUGCAGAGUACGGUGGCGGGAUUUGGAUAUGUGAAUGAGGAGAACGUGUGGAAGAUCGUCGACAGCCCGCAUCCGGCUGAUGUACAGGCUAUGAUCAAGUCGUGCCAACUGGGGGAUAUCGACAGCGCGUUGGAUAUCCUCCGACGGAGAUUGUGGGAUAAGGGAUAUAGUGCUGUCGAUAUCAUUGGCACGAUGUUCAGAGUCGUUAAGACUGUUGAUGGACUGAGCGAGCCUGAGCGGCUGGAGUAUAUCAAGGAGAUUGGAUUUACGCAUAUGCGAAUUCUUGACGGUGUAGGAACGCUCUUGCAGCUCUCUGGAUGCUUAGCCCGUCUGUGUCGCCCGAAUAUCCGAUAGAAGACUGUUGAAUCUAAUGUAUUAU